AUGUCGGCCACAGUCCUCAUCGGGCAGGCUCCCACCAAUCUUGGCCCACUGACCACAACAUUCACACCACCGCCAGAAUGCACAGUAGCAGUUGGCGCAGGAAGGGGCGGGUUCCUUGGGGACUUGUUCGGGGGAGGGGAUGACAAGAUCAAAGAAAGCGCCAUUGAACGGGUGGGGCUUCUACUCGCCGGGCCUGCAUUGCCCAGUGGGUUAUGCGACUGCUUGUGCGGCAACAGGUGGAAGUGGUGGGGGGUCUGGAUGGCCGGUCCAAUUCAGGCUUCUCGCCGGAGAAAUUGCUGUUGGCUGUUGCCCCAGGUUAGUAUUCACACAGAGAAUAUUGGUAUCAGCAUGACUGACCUGGAUAGUGGGUAUGGUUGUGCCAAUAUCAACGGGCAAACAUGCACCCUGGUGGUGACAUCGUCGACUAUUCCAACAGUCACCUGCGAUGGCAGCAAAAGCCAAAACUUUGGCUUUCAAACCGUCCCAGACCCUGAAGCAUCCAUCACAGCAUUCAGCAUGUUUGCCCCCAUGGUUCAGAUCAACUGGCAGAGCAGCGAUCGGCCAGCCACCACCACAUCAUCUACCGGCACUGGGUCAACAGCGCCCUCCACCAGACCAACAACAUCAAACCCCCUAGCCUCGGCAUCUGGCACCAAAGUCAUUGACACAGAGGACGAAUCUGCCGAAGAGACGCUUGUGCUCGAUGAUAAUUCCCAGGCGACUGGGACAGGAAGGGUGCCAACAAGGACGCUUGGAGCUCCGGGAUUGGCUUCGGAUGCAGCUGAUGCAAGCUCUGACGAAGAUAGCGAAGGGUUGUCAUCGAACCUCAAGGUUGGACUUGGUGUAGUGGGAGCUUCCGUGGUGCUGUUGGCUUUGGUAAUUGGGCUGUUUUGGUGCUGGAGGAAACGAAAGAAUGCUGCAGAAGAGCAGGAGCUCGAUCGGCUGUAUGGACAAAAGACUGCGACAGGUUCGACCAGUGAUUUGACCAGAAGCGACGAGAUUCCUGGCUGGUGUCGAGGACAGCGUUUGGCAACGCCGAAGCCAUUUUUCAGGGAAAGUCUGCGAGAGAUGAGGAUGCCGGCAGAGCCAUAUCAACAUGGAGGGUCGCCAUAUUUUCGGGACCCAGGAUAUCGUGUAUAA